AUGGGGAAAACUCGGAAAACGCGGAAGUUCCGCUUUACGUGUUUGACAACAAUGUGUUCCAGUAAGAAAAAAGAUCAACAUAAAAAAAUUAUCAACCCAUUCAAAGAAAACACAUCGCAUCAUGCUCUUGGUCCACCAUAUCACAUUCUUCUGGACACAAACUAUGUGAAUUUUUCAAUCAAAAAUCGACUGGACCUGUUUCGUUCUAUCAUGGAUUGUUUACUUGCAAAGUGUUUUCUUUACGUGACCGACUGCGUUAUGGGUGAAAUAGAAAAGAUGCCGGAACGAUAUCGUGUUGCAUUGAAAAUUCUGCGUGACGACCGUAUUCAACGCUUAACAUGCCAGCACCGAGGCACGUAUGCUGAUGACUGUCUUGUGGAGCGUUGCCAAUCACGAUGCUACAUUGUGGCCACUUGCGAUCGAGAUUUGAAGCGCCGGAUCCGCAAGAUUACUGGCGUUCCAAUCAUGUACAUUCGAGGACACCGGGUCACGGUGGAAAAAAUGCCCAUGGCUUUGGGUGCGCCGAAAUUGUGA